AUGGCCCAAUCUCUGUCUGCCGGCCGGACCGAGCGGCAUGCUUUUGCCCAGGUUCUGCUCGACUUUGAUGGAACAAUCAUCGAUUCGACCGAAGCAAUUGUUGAAAUUUGGAAAAGAGUCGCCGCCGAACUGGGGUUGGACUAUCGCGACAUCCUCCGUGCCUCCCAUGGCAGGCGAAGCAUUGACGUGCUCAAAGAACUGGAACCCACUAAAGCCAACUGGGAAUAUGUGAGCGCCAUGGAGGUCAGAAUCCCCCUUCUCUCCUCCAUGUCUGCAGUGGAGAUUGCAGGAGCGCGGCAGCUGCUGAAGCAACUAAACCACUACUCCAUUCCACAUGCUAUUGUCACUUCGGGCAGUAAGGCAUUACUCGAUGCCUGGUUGACCAUCCUUCAACUUCCGCGGGCGAUGAAGGCCACAACAGCCGAAGAUGUUAAAGUUGGCAAGCCGGAUCCUGAAGGGUAUCGUGAGGCCAAGGAGCGAUUGCUUCAACAUCGCGCCGGGGAAGGAGAGAUUCUGGUGAUGGAGGACGCCCCUGCGGGCGUUAAAGCUGGGAAAGCAGCCGGAUGCAAGGUGUUGGCAGUGACAACUACGCAUACGGUGCAGCAGUUGGAAGAGGCCGGUGCAGGUUGGGUUGUUAAGGAUCAUCGGUUUGUUGGGUUUGAGGCUCCGGCUGGGCUUGGUGAUUUAUGA